UCGUGGGGUCUGCACUGAGGAAUCCGGCCGCGCGACAGUCCCUCGGCAACCUCUGGUGUGAACGCACGACCAGCUGUUUCCCUCCUUUCGUAGUGUUUGUUUACAAGUGCGCGGUAAACUUAACGGUGUGUGGAAGAAUGUAGUGAUUUGUUCCAAGUUUGACAUUUUACGACUCUCGCCGGACAUAACAUCCAAGGCCGUGUAGUUUAGCAUGUGAUGGUGACCAUGUCUACAGGCCCGGUGCUACUAUGUCUAUUCUGUGUGUUUACCCUGGUGUCUGCCCAGGAGGGAUGUGUAUCCUCUGGCAGUCUCGUCGGCGCCGUCCUAGGCUCGGUGGUGGCCACCCUCGUCGUCCUAGCGAUAGCCUACUUUCUGUGGAAGUUCUACUGGAGAGGUCGCAGGGGUAAACACCUGGUGCUGGUUACGGAUCCUGAGAAGGGAGGGGACUACGCUUUUGACAACCCUGGCUUUAAAGAGGGUACACCCAUUGGUCGAACAGCUGCCAAAGAGGAAAAUAAGCUGCUGAAAUGGCAGAACUGGGCUCCGCUUGCUGGUUUGAGUGGCCCUGGUGGCAAACCACGAGCUUUGGACGACUCUUACGUUGGUCAGCCACUAGUCAAUGUGGUGCCACUGAGGAGCCAUGACUUCACAGGUCUCGGGUUCAACAUCUGUGGCAACAUGAGGGAUGGAAUCUUCGUUAAAGACGUCCUCCACCGAGGUCCUGCCUCCGAGUCUGGUCGCAUCGCUCCAGGUGACCGAAUCGAAAGCAUCCGAAUCAGUUUGCGCCACAUGGUGUUUGAAGACGCCUUGACCAUCUUGUCGUACGCGUCGCCCUACGAGGUGCAGCUGGAGGUGGAGAGUCCCACAUCCCAGUCGUCCUCACGACCCGCAACUCUGCUGCGAGAGAAGAGAGGCGCGCCUCCGACACAGGCGGACCGCAUCUGUCAUCCGUUCUACCGCAGCCACUCCAUCACUGACCUCAUGAAGAUAACCAAAAGCAGUCCAUCCAAGUGGGCCAAUGAGUCAUCAGUCGCAGACUUGAGCAAUGGAGACAUGACCAAACCUGCGAUAAUCGAAACAUCUCCGAUCGAAAAAAUGCAAAAAGUUGGCGUGCGAGUACUGCCGCCAACAGCGAACUCUGAAACACUGAAAAUCGAAGCAGAAAAAUCACAGAAUGCUAGAAACUCAUACAUUGAAAGUGGUCAAGUUUUAUCCAAGAAAUCUCCAUCCAAUACGCUUAUCAAAACAGAAAAGUUGACUUCAGAUUCAUCCACUAAAACAACAAAAUCACCUGUUACUCCUUCAAAGCCAAGUAUAUCACACGAUUUUGAUGAAAUUGAUUUGACAGAUAGUGGCCACGAUGAUAAAAUGAGCCAAGAUGGCAACAGUAGAAAAAACACACCCUCCCCUGGCCUGAAAGAAACAAAUGUUAAAUCUUUGUUAGUGAAAGGUUACAACAACUUAAAAGAAAAAUUCCAUCAUGCUGGAUUAAAGCUUGAAAAAGACAAUGAGGACGAAUUAAAACCAAAACACAAUGAUGCUUUGCCUGAGGACAACUUGUCUGUAAGUGCCAAAAAUGAUAAGGCCAUAAAUAUAGAAAAACAGGAUAAAAAUGCUAAUGCUGAAUCCAAUCAGACUCACGAUGUUCCAGAAGAAGUGCAAAAAGCUGGUAUGGCAGCAAGAAGCAAUCGAAAAUCAAUGACUGAAGAAGGGAAAAACUGGGAACGCCUCAGUGUUAUUGAUGUACAAAAACUAGAAAUAGAAAGAAACAGAAAGGAUAGUGUCAGUGGGGACAGUUCGAAUGGAGGUGAAACCUCUAGCCAAAAAAAGAGCAAACGGAAAGCUCCUCCUCCACCACAAAUCAAACCAGAGGACGAGACAGAACCAGUAAAACCUGCUCCAGAAAUAGAUGAACCAGAUAACAAAGACAGUUUGUCAGAGAAAAAUAACAGUCUUGAUUCAGUUGAUAGUGAUUCUGAAGCUGGAGACAAAAGCGGAACAACGAUCGAACUGAAUUCUUCACACAUAACAGUUCAUCAUGCUCCUGAUUCUGAAACCAGCAGGAAAGCAGCAUCGCUGGGAGAUCUCUCCAGAAUUGGCAAUGAUCAACCAAUAAUAGUUUUGGAACGGGCAGUUUCACUUGAUUUGGCUGAUGGAACACCGGGUGGUAGCAAAAAGAGAAAAGCGCCUUUGCCACCACAAGAAGAAUUUUCAGAUGACAGUGGACUAGCAUACAGUAAAGAGGCGAGGAUUGAUUCGACCGUACAAACAAGGCUAAAGCACUCCUCUGAUUUUGGAAGACUUGAAGAUGCUGUAAAACUAAACGAUCAUUUGUCUGACGAUGAUACAGAUCCUGGUGCAAGUGGUCUUUCCACACCUGAGCCUCCCUUGCAAACUAUGAUCAGUUCAACUCCCAUGAAGAAUGAGUUCUUCAUGCCGUCUCUAUCAGACAGUACUUAUCAGAAUGAUAACACCAACACAACAAUCAACAAGUCAUCCCCUAGUCCACCUUUGAGUCCAGGUAGCAGCAUCGGCGGUGUUCAUAUCAGCAGAUGCAGUUGGGACUUGAGUGUCCCAGAAACCACAAAUGAACGAUUCAUAACAGCCAUGAAUGGAAAUAAUACGGAGGACGAAGAUGACACACCUCCUGAACUUCCGACCUCCCCUAUUCCAACAUACGUGACUGAAAUACAAGUUGUUACUGCGAACAAAGAUGGAUUGGAAGGCCUCGUGGAAAACGGCAAGACCGAAAUUAGAGAUGACGUUUUCCCAAAAAACAUUCCAGAGAUGUCUUCGUUUAUGUCUAACAACUCACACAAACCAUUUUCUACAUUUAACAGUGAUCCAUUCAGUGUUUCGACAAGAAAAACCCAUGUGAACAUCAUAAGUUCCAAUCAGUCUGAUGAUAUGAACUCUUUGCCUAGCUUGAGUAAUAUGUCAGAUACGUUGACUUCUGAAGUAAACAGGGUGUCACUUAGCCAGCCUAACAGUUUGGAUCCUAUUUUACCUGGAGAUUUCACCAUGAAUAUAAAGGAGUUCCGACCAUCAGGAACUAUGAUGUUUUCAAGUGAGAACAUGUCGGAUGAACAGAUUCUCGCCAUGAAAUCAUCUCCCGAGCCCAUUCUGAUUGAUACUAGUCCAAGACAAACACAGCUUCCCAAACCAGUGAGAACCAACAUCAGCGUAACGUCAAUCAAGAGUGGAGGUUCUCGUAUACCAGUCCGAGCAGUGCCUGAACCAACUCAAAGGAAAGCUAAAAAAGAAAACUACGUGAGUUUCUCAUCAUUGAACGUGUCCUCGCCAAAUGACAAAAAACAUACGAAUGGAUCAGGGGAAAACAGCAUCACUCAUAUAGUGUUGGACACCCACAAGUGAACUUCUAUCGUUACACAGGCCUUCAGACAUAUAUUGUCAUGACUGUUGAGGUUUUAACUGAUUGUUUUGUUUUAGCAGUGGUGCUGAAAUUGAGUUCUGUGAUGGUAUUUUAAGUUAAGUUGUUAUUGUUAUAAGGGUAAUUCGACUGAGAAUUUGGAGAAAUUGUACUUUUGUGCCAGAGUAUAGCCAUUUUAGUUUUAAAAUGCUCAAUUCCACCAUUCUAGUAUUAUAUAUGUACAUUUAUAUUUAAGUUGUGUGCCUUAAUAACCUCUGUUGUAAUAUACUGUAAAUAAAAUAGGUGAAUAGUUUGUAAAUGGAAUGGAGGACUACUUGAUUUUCUUCAGUUAUAUUAGUUUUACAAUCUCUUAAAAGUAUAUUAUUCUUUUGUGACAUAGUAAAAUCAAAAUAAAGUUUAAGAUUUAUUAUUUGUUUUAUAUAUACUGUAAGUUUUGAGGCGCUUGGACAUAGAAGAUUAAAAGUGUGUUUUUAACUGAAUUUUUCAGGAAAAGGACCUUUAGUUUUUUGACAAGUAAAGUAAUCGAAGCUUUUUCUAAUGACCCACCACAUAGAAAUAAGAUUUUAUUCUAAGGUAAAUAUAUCAUCAAUUUGGUGCUAUUUACUUUUUUGUUAUUAAUAGUAGUUAUUUUACUGUGUAAUAAUUAUAUAUAUUAUAGUUUAAGAAAAAUGCUUGACAUACAGUAAAACCAAAAGAUUACACCCACUAUGUAAUGGUAGCAGUACCAAAUCAUUCUCGAUGAAUUCUAACUCUUUAAGAUAGAUUGUGUUGGAAAAACAUUAUUAACUUAAAUUAUGUGUCAAAAUAAAAAUUUCUGUACCUGUAAUAGCUAGAGGAAUGUAUGAAUGGUCGUUGUAUAUAAAAAGUAACCUGUUUUCAAUGCAGAGAAUGUAUUUUAACAGCUCAAAUUAAAGUUCUUUUUAAUCCUGUUUUAAA